CUCUGCUGGUGGGUUCCGGGAAGGACGGCUUGGGGCUCCGGGCGGCUGCUGCUGCUGUCUCUGGUCGGUGUGCCAAGUAGUCCCAGGAAGGGAAAGGCAAGAGGGAGGGAGGGAGGAUCCAGGCCGGCCAUGGCGCGCGUCCUGAUCGUGGGGGCCGGUCUGACAGGCAGCCUGUGCGCGGCGCUUCUGCGGAGGGAGCUCCCCCGGCCGCACCUGGCCCACCUGGAAGUCUGGGAGAAGGCGAGGGGCGCAGGGGGCAGAAUGGCCACGAGCCGCCGAGGCGGCGCUUCGAAUGCAGACUCCACCGCCGACCUGGGAGCCCAGUACGUCACGCGGGGGCCCGACUCCGCCCGAAGGCACCCGAGCUUUUAUGAAGAUCUGUUGGCCCAUGGAAUACUGAAGCCAUUGACUGCUGUAUUAGAAGGAAUGGUGGUGAAGGAAGGAGCAGAGAAUUUUGUUACACCUCAAGGAACUUCAUCGAUUGUCAAGCACUAUUUAAAGGAGUCAGUUAUUCUUUUGCUGGGUUUCCAGAACUUCCUCUGCCUCACUCUUCAUGGUAGCAGUGACAACACAGGUGCAGAUAUCUUCUAUGAUCGUCAAGUUACUCACAUCUACCUCAGAGAUGGGAAAUGGGAAGUCUGUGUUAAUACAGGCUCCUCAGACCAGUUUGAUGUGGUUAUUCUUACAAUGCCUGUCCCACAAAUUCUUCAGCUUCAGGGAGACAUUGUGAAUUUAAUUAACAAAAGUCAAAGGCAACAACUGGAAUCUGUGAGCUACUCCUCUCGCUAUGCUCUGGGCCUUUUUUAUGAAGCUGGCACACAGAUUGAUGUCCCUUGGGCAGCACAGUACAUCUCCAAUAAUCCCUGCAUACGCUUCAUCUCCAUCGAUAAUAAGAAGCGCAAUAUAGAAUCCCCUGAUAUUGGCCCAUCUGUUGUUGUCCACACCAGUGUAUCUUUUGGAACAGAGUAUUUGGAGUGUGAUAAGGAAAAGGUACAACAGUUGAUCCUUGACCACCUGAAAGAGAUCAUGCCUCAGUUGCCUGUGCCAGCAAGUAUCAAGUGCCAAAGAUGGAGAUAUUCUCAGGUGACCAAAGCUUUCCCUGGGAAUCCAGGACAAAUAACUCUCCAUGCAAAACCAUUCUUGGUCUGUGGAGGUGAUGGAUUUACUCAUUCCAAUUUUGAUGGAUGCAUAGAUUCAGCGACGAGUAUUGUGGAGGUUUUGAAGUCCAGUUUGUAAGAUUAUAUCUUCGCUUGUUUCUGAUGAAGUAUCAACUUAUUUUUAUGAUCAACUCCCAGUAUCAACUUAUUUUUAUGAUGAAUUAUACAUUAAUAUACUAAAUCUUGGUGUACUAGACCUAAUUAUCCUCUGUUUUUAAGAAAUAAAUCAUGACAAGUCUUUA